AUGUCCCUGAGCAGUCCUCCUACCCUUCUCAAAGGUGGCUCGGUGGAGCGUCGAGAAGCCCCAGAUCUUGAGGAUGAUCGGCCUGGACCCGCUGACUUGCCACUGGCGCAAACCAACCGCAGGCAUAAGAUGCGUCGAACACUGGCGUCUGUCCGAAAGGGUGCUGCUCAACGACACUUUACAGACCCAAUCGUCCGAGUCAACAAAGAUGAAGCUUAUGGGAGUAUGGUUCCCCCGACGGCGUUCUCGAGUCUCUCCCCGCUGUCGAACGUGUCUGCUUUUGAGGUUGACCUACCCCCGGGAACCCCUGCUUUCACCUCCAGUCCUCCGGUAUAUGGUGCUUCUCAUCAUCGAUUUACAGUUCCAAAAAGAAUAUCUGUUGCUCCUUCGGACCCAACCACAACCAGUUCGGACAACGAUCCGAGGGUUUUCACCGAUGACGAUUCCAUGGACUUUCAGAGUGACACUGCGUACGAUUCCUUGGCCACUCGAGCCACAGCGAGCAGUCAUUCUGGGUUCCGUCCACCUAAAAUAGAGACCAUUUUUGAUGAGGCUUCGGUGGAUCAGCAACAUACCGAGGAUUCGGCCUUGGAAGAUAUGAUGCAACGCACUACUUUGACUGAUUUUGGCCCCCUCGCCGUGGAUGCGGAGGAAGAAACUGAAAACGCCGGCAUUGGCAUUGGCAUCAGCGGUCUUGCAGGUCAUGUCCGCACCCGAGACGUUAGCCCGGAUCAGGCAUCUACCCCGGUUAGAGAGCCCUUGUUGGAGGGGGACGAUGCUGUUUCAACACCCGUGCCGAGAAAAGGACCUCGUAAUGACCCCAUUUUGGCGUCAUCUCCUCCAUCGGUGCGCCCGUACCCCCGAAGCCACCAUGAAGAACCAGAACUCCCCCGGAUGAUGGACUUGGAUGAAGAUGACAAUAUCGAAUGGUCCCCGGAUUCUGUUCAGGGCGAUCCAGUGUCAACCACGAUUCCCCUUCCAAGUCCGGUCCCACUUUCUUUCGACCAGAUUGGCGAGGACGAUUUUGAGGAACCACGGUCCAACAAAAGAUCAUCCAUCUUCGACUGGGCGGAAAGUCACGCUGGGGGCAGCGAUCAUUCUAACGGAGUCAGCCCCCGACCAAAGACUGUCCAUAGUAAACAAGGCAACAAUGCCCACAGGAGCCGGCCGUCUGGACGCAAAAGUAAUGCAGCAAUGCAUCUCCGCAGCCAGAGCGUCCCGGUCAAUAGAGACAGCCUGGCAGACAGCGAGUUGGCGACAUCGGCAACCAAGUUCGGCACCUGGGCUCUGGGCAGCAAACCUGUGAGUGAGGAAUGGAGUGACGAUUUUGAAUUUGACGACGCAGACGAAGGCGAAGGCAUGACUCAGAAUGUCAUGGAAGAGAAGGCUGCAAAGCACGAGUCUGUCCGGAGUGUCAAGGUGCCUCAAUCGAUCAUAGAGCGACAGCAAAGCGUUCACAUACAAUUCGGCCAAGUCAGGGAGUUUAUGCUAUUGGUUGAAGAACUUCGACGACUUCGUGCGAGAGGUGCGGCACUUGGUCUAUUGGAGAGCCAUUCUAGGCAGUUGUGGGAGGACGCCGGAAGUAUCAUUGAUCUUGCCACGGUAAAUGAGGACGAGGAGACAGGACCCCGCCCGUCCUCGCCAGGCUCUUCGGACAUUUUUGGUGAAGAAACUCCUCCGCCCAAGCGAGAGGUGGAUGAGGAUGUUGGAAAGAACAGUGAGGGAGUCCGAGUGAGUAAUAAUCGACGCUCGAUCUCCAGUCCUGCAACUCCUCCUUGUGGCCGGCCGCGAGGCGAGAGCCUACAGACGAAGACCUUCCUACAGACGAUACAACAAAGUCGAAAUGGUGUAGAAUCUUCGCCGGCGGAGAGGUACGUCCAUCCGAGGGAGAAGCUGCCAUUCGACACGCAAGAUCUACGAAACCUUGUCGUGAGGGCGGGAGUUAUUACACGGGCAUUGAAAGAAAUUGUGCGCAAAGCGGAGGGAGUAUCAUUCAGUCCGGAGGUGCCAACAAACGCGGUUCAAGUUCAGGAUCUUGUUUUCCGGCAAAUCUUCGAUCCGCCAGGCUCCUCACCGAGUCCGGCAUUAAGAAAACCUCAUUUGCCCAAGAGUAGGAGUGCCAACAGCUACUUGGACGGGGCGUCUACAGGCGGCAGUGAUCAUGAGGUUCAACAACCGUUGAAUUUGACCAAGGUCGUGGAGGCGGUUUAA